AUGGAUUACCUGUUUGGUUUUGUGGUGCUGCUGUGUGGGGCGGUGCACCCGGGAAGAGGACUAGAACCCAAGCACAACGUACCUAGGCUAAAGCUGACAUACAAGGAGAUGUUGGACUCGAGUAACCUGGUGAGCUUCGCCGGGCUCGCCAACAGCUCGGGCUACGACACGUUCCUGCUGGACGAGGAACGAGGGAGGCUCCUGGUCGGCGCCGAGGACCACAUUUUCUCCUUCGACCUCGUCAACAUCAACAGAGAUCACAAACAGAUCGCGUGGCCUGCCACUCCCGCCAAACGGGACGAGUGCAAGUGGGCGGGGAAAGACCUCGGGAAAGAGUGUUCGAACUUCAUCCGGGUGCUCCAACCUUACAACGCGACCCACCUUUUCGUCUGCGGGACCGGAGCCUUCCAUCCAAUCUGCGGCUACCUAGAAAUGGGCAAGAGAGCAGAGGACAACAUCUUCCGGCUCGCCUCGCAUUUCGAGAACGGUCGCGGUAAAAGCCCGUAUGACCCCAAGAUGCUGUCAUCGUCACUCCUGAUCGACGGAGAGCUCUAUUCGGGCACUUCGGCGGACUUCAUGGGACGGGACUUUGCCAUCUUCCGAACGCUGGGGGAUCAGCAUCCUAUAAGGACAGAGCAGCAUGAUUCAAGGUGGCUCAACGACCCGAGAUUCGUCGGUGUUCAUUUGGUCCCGGAGAGCGACAAUCCCGAGGACGACAAGAUCUUUCUGUUCUUCAAAGAGAACGCCAUGGACGGAGAACACACGGGCAAGGCCACCAUUGCCCGGAUAGGACAGCUGUGUAAGAAUGACAUGGGAGGCCAUCGCAGCCUUGUCAACAAGUGGACCACCUUCCUCAAGGCCCGGCUCAUGUGUUCCGUGCCGGGCGUCAACGGCAUCGACACGCACUUUGACGAAUUGCAGGACGUUUUCUUGAUGACCUCCAAGGAUCCCAAGAAUCCGCUCAUCUACGCCGUUUUCACAACGUCCAGCAACAUCUUCAAAGGCUCGGCGGUGUGCAUGUACAACAUGGCCGACAUCCGGAGGGUGUUCCUAGGCCCCUACGCGCACAGAGACGGUCCCACGUACCAGUGGGUGCCGUUCCAAGGCAGGGUGCCCUACCCCAGACCAGGAACGUGCCCCAGCAAAACGUUCGGUGGCUUCGACUCCACCAAAGACCUCCCUGACGACGUGAUCACGUUCGCACGGGGCCACCCGGCCAUGUACAACCCGGUGCACCCUAUCGGCGGGCGCCCCAUCAUGGUGCGCACCGACGUAGACUACCAGUUUUCGCAGCUGGUGGUGGACCGCGUGGAGGCCGAGGACGGCCAGUACGAUGUCAUGUUCAUCGGCACGGAUGUGGGCACUGUGCUCAAGGUGGUGACCAUCCCAAGGGAGAGUUGGCAUGACCUAGAGGAGGUGGUUUUGGAGGAAAUGACUGUCUUCAGGGAGCCAACCACCAUCACCGCAAUGGAGCUGUCAACCAAGCAGCAACAACUGUACCUGGGCUCAUCACUGGGCGUGUCGCAAAUGUCCCUUCACCGCUGCGAGGUGUACGGGAAGGCCUGCGCCGAGUGCUGCCUUGCCCGAGACCCGUACUGCGCCUGGGAUGGCACUGAAUGUUCCAGAUACUUCCCCACCGCCAAGAGGCGCACCAGACGGCAGGACAUCCGGAAUGGAGACCCGCUUUCCCAGUGUUCGGACCUUCAGCAUCACGAUGAUAUCGACGGGCAAGUUGGCGGUGGCGUGGUGGAGGACCGUACGGUGUACGGCGUGGAGAACAGCAGCAUGUUCUUGGAGUGCAGCCCCAAGUCUCAACGGGCACUUGUCUACUGGCAACUGCAGACGCCGGGUGCCGAACGCAAGCAGGAGAUCAAGAUGGACGAGCGGGUUCUUCGGACCGACCAGGGCCUGCUGAUACGAAGUCUGUCUCAGUCCGACACGGGCGUGUACCACUGCCAGGCGGUGGAGCACGGCUUCAUCCAGCCUCUACUGCGCCUCAACCUGCAGGUCAUCCCGGCAUUCAGGCUGGGCGACAUCCUGCCAGUGCCGCCCGGGGCGCCCUCUACUGGCAAACAGCGCGUUUGGUACCGGGAUUUCCUGUCCCUGCUGGAUCACCCGGACCUCAACAGCGUGGAGGAGUUCUGCGACCGCGUUUGGAAGAAGGACCGUAAGCCCAAGAAAGCGAAGGCACCCAACUCCCAGGCGGGCCCGCCGCCCCGGCCCAAAACGUUCGCUCCCAAUGCGCAAAAGCUGCAGGCCGUCCCCCCGCAGGGCAAAGCUUGGCUCCCGGAGGGGACGAAUCAGAAAAGUCAAGCCAACUUAAGCACGCUAAGCGUCCAGACGCCCAAGAACCAAGCCAAGACACCUAGCGGUCCGAAGGGGCAGGGCGCGGCGGGCACCCGAGCGGGGACCCAGCACACCGCCAAGUGGCGACGCAUACAGGACAACAAGAAAGGACGCAACAGGAGAACCCACGAGCUGCAAAGACCCCCAAGAAGCGUUUGA